CUUCCUCGUGCAAAUGCAAUCACUACUUACUACCCAUGAAGCUUCUCACCUCUUUCCUCUUUUCAUUGUUUUCCACGAAACUUCCCACAACAGUUAAUCAAACUGAUUUUUGGUAUUUGGGUUUGGGUUUGGAUCUAGCAUACGUCAUCCACAUCUAUUUAACCCACUAUAAAAACGACUCCAUUGAAGGAGGGUAUUUCCUUUGCUUCCUGUCCCUGACGUUUCUUCAGUUGAUCUAUUCUACCGAUUUUGAGAAGUAAGAGAUCAGAUCAGAAUUCAGAAAAGCGUCAAGAGCUUGUUUUGAUUUUGGAAGUUGUUUCUCGAAUUUCAUCAAAUGGCUGGUAUGCUGCCUGGAGUCGAAAGCGCUAGGAGGAGGAGAGUACAUGGAGGUGGUGUGUGGUGCGAUUCGUCGUCUGUUGUUAGUUCCGGUUUUGGAUCUGCGAGAUUUAGAGUUUCUCAUGAUACCCAUCUCACAUCCACUUCGUUCUUGCAAAGAAGCAUGGUGAAUCAAUCAGACGAAGAUUCGAAGUUAGGAGGAGCAGCCAGAGAAGCCAAAGAAAGAUUGGAUGGGAGGCUCAGAGGCCAUUUGAAUAAAGAAAUUAGAAGGAAAAAGAGUCAAGAAAGACCGAGUAAUGUUGGGAGGGUGUCAACUACUUCAGUGGUGGUGGAAAAUUUGCAAAUUGAGGUUAUUGGAUUGAAAAAGAGUGGAUUAAAGAGGCUUAGCUGGGGAAAAACAGGGUUGAGUUGGAAAUCAUCGAAUCAAGAAGAGUGUGUAAUUUGUUUAGAUAAUUUUAAGGCAAAUGAGAAGGUAAUCCAUUUGCCUUGCACCCAUCGAUUCCAUUCCAAUUGCUUGUUACCAUGGCUAGAAAGCAAUGCACAAUGCCCUUGUUGUAGAACAAUUGUUAUUGGUUCUAAUUGACGUUUUCACAUGAACAAUCUGUUCCACAUGAGUGUCCUAUUGGUAUAAAAGCAAGUCGAUAUGUCCUACUCAAGUGUGAGAGUGAUAAGAAUGUAAAAAUCCAUAAGACAUAAUGAUUUGCUCUGUGUGUGUGUGUUGUGAGAUUGGUUGAUUGUCGAUUCCUAGGGGUGGCAUGUAGCAUUUGUCACUAUCGUUUGUAUAGAGUAAGAUGUUGUAAGGUAUGUAAGAAAGAGAGAGAUUUUCCCAAGGUAUAGAACUUGUGUUAAAAUA